AUGACCGCCGGUGAAACCUGCCAACCUGUUGAGAAUAAAGUAAAUAACUUCAUUUCUCAAAUUCAUGAUAGUGGUCUAAACCCUCUCAGACUUGCCAAUAUCUCCAUCUCUGAAUUCUAUACCGAAUUGAGGAACUAUUUGUCGGUGAUCAAUAACGGCGGCCCUUGGCCCAUCGGGCUAAGCAAGAACUUGGAGAGCCUUUUCUCGACUACAACACCGUUCGUCAGGGAAGGCCCACCUAUGACCUGGGCGAAGCUUGUUCUCUUUGUAGGUCCUUAUUAUGAGGGUCUAGCGCAGCUUAAGGUUGGUGACUCUAGCGUCGAGCUGUCAAAGGAUGACUUCAAACUCCUACACUCCGGUAGACCUUAG